UGGUUUCUGACGUUUCUCCCAAUUACCACGACUUCACGGUGACACCCCCCCCUCCGCCCGUCACCCUCCACAAUCCCAACCCGACCCACAGCCCCACCUCCGCACCCCCACAAAACAUCGUGUGCGUGGCCCUCAGCUCCAGCAGCCUGCUGGUCAGCUGGGAGCCGCCACCCGCACACGACGGCGGCAGCAGCAGCAGCAUCACGGGGUACACGGUCGCAUACAGGGAGCUGCCCAGCCAAGGCGCAGACGCAGCAGACGACCAACAAGGGGACACACUAGCUGACGAACUAUGGGACGCACCAGCUGACGCACUAGCUGACGCACUAUGGGACGUACUAGCUGACGAACCAGCUGACGCACUAGCUGACGCACUAUGGGACGUACUAGCUGACGAACCAGCUGACACACUAGCUGACGCACUAGCUGACGAACCAGCUGACGCACUUGCUGAUGAACCAGCUGACACACUAGCUGACACACUAGCUGACGCACUUGCUGACGAACCAGCUGACGAACCAGCUGACACACCAGCUGACGCACUAGGGGACGCACUAGCGGACGAACCAGCUGACAAACUAGCUGACGCACUAGCUGACGAACCAGCUGACACACCAGCUGACGCACUAGGGGACGCACUAGCGGACGAACCAGCUGACAAACUAGCUGACGCACUAGCUGACGCACUAGCUGACAAACCAGCUGACACACUAGCUGACGCACUCGUGGACACACUAGCUGACGCACUAUGGGACGUACUAGCUGACGAACCAGCUGACACACUAGCUGACGAACCAGCUGACGCACCAGCUGACGCACCAGCUGACGCACUUGCUGACACACUAGCUGACGCACUAGCUGACGAACCAGCUGACGCACUUGCUGACGAACCAGCUGACGAACCAGCUGACACACCAGCUGACGCACUAGGGGACGCACUAGCGGACGAACCAGCUGACAAACUAGCUGACGCACUAGCUGACGAACCAGCUGACACACCAGCUGACGCACUAGGGGACGCACUAGCGGACGAACCAGCUGACAAACUAGCUGACGCACUAGCUGACGCACUAGCUGACAAACCAGCUGACACACUAGCUGACGCACUCGUGGACACACUAGCUGACGCACUAUGGGACGUACUAGCUGACGAACCAGCUGACGCACCAGCUGACGCACCAGCUGACGCACCAGCUGACGCACCAGCUGACGCACCAGCUGACGCACUAUGGGACGUACUAGCUGACGCACUAGCUGACGAACCAGCUGACGAAUCAGCUGACGAAUCAGCUGACGCACCAGCUGACGCACUAGCUGACAAACCAGCUGACGCACUAGCUGACAAACCAGCUGACGAACCAGCUGACGCACCAGCUGACGCACUAUGGGACGCACUAGCUGACGCACUAGCUGACGAACUAGCUGACGAACCAGCCGACGAACCAGCCGACGCACCAGCUCACGCACCAGCCGACGCACCAGGGGACGAAGCGAACGUCACGGGCGGGCGGCCGAGCGGGGGAAGGGGUGGCUGGUGCCGGACGCCGCGGCAGCCCGCGGACGUGAGGAGCGUGACGCUGAGCGGGCUGCUGCCCGAGGGGGCCCUGUACGAGGUGACGGUGCGGGCCCACACGGCGGUUGGCCCGGGGCUCUCGUCACUGCCCGUCCAGGCGCGCGCACACCACCACGCUGCCACCACGCUGCCCACCUCUCGUGGCUCCUCCCCACACUCGUCCGUGAUGUCUACGGGAGACGAGCCGACGUUCCGCGCCAGCGGCAUCAGCGCCUCCUCCAUCGGCUUCCUGUGCGUGGUGGUGGUGAUUGCGCUGCCUUCCGUGGUGGGGUGCCUCGUGUGGGGCCGACAGAGCGCCUCCAAGCGUCCCGCGGACGGGCGAGGAGGGAACGCCCAGAGCGUGCUCCCCAAGAGCGAUGCCGAGUGCAGCGGCGGCGUGGAGAUGACGAAGCUGCAGCACGUGGUGGUGGUGGUGGUGGAGGAGGAGACGUGAGGGGAGGAGGCGAUGGUGGUGUAAUAAAAGACGGCGUCAUUUA